CACAGAUACGCACACACAAAUAUACAAACACUGCACAAGUCACAAACCAGCCACACACAUGGGCACCCGCUCUGUCACACACACAGGCACAGAGGCACAAAGAUGAGGCCAGAGGUCCAAGCUGGUUGGGCAGGGCCGUGCUGCCUCUGAAGUUCCCAGGGCCUGUCCCAGCUCUGGGGGCCUCAGGCAUCCCUUGGCGUUAGAUGCCGCCACCUCCGCGUCCUCACAGGGUCGUCCCGCUGUGCGUGUCUGAGGCUUGAUCUUCUCCUCUUCUGAGGACACCAGUCCUGUGAGAUCAGGACCCACCCUGAGGACCUCAUCUUAACUUGAUCAUCUGCAAAGACCCCACCUUCAAGUAAAAUCAGCCACAGCUCCUGGGGUUAGGACUUCACCAUCUUUCGGGGACACAGUUCAGCCUCACCUGUGGGUCUUUGCUUACGUGCUGGCUGUGAUGCUGUGUCUUCGUUCUCUUUUGACCCAAAGCUUAGCUGAGUCUUGGCCCUUGGAGGCUUUUUGAGUGUCCCCGGGUGCUUUGCCCAGUAGCCACUGUGAGCGCUUAGCUGCUUUGCGCACAGCAAGGAGCCCCGGGGUCGAGUGCACCCCGUCCCACGUGGACGCCAUUUCUUCCCAGAGUCCUGGCCCCCUGGCGGGCCCCUUGCCUCUGGGUGCUCAGCACCGAGUCUGUGUGGCCCCCUCCUGCCUGUCCCAAGCGGUGGAUGCAGGAUGGCGUCCCGGUCUGUUCAGAGCUCAGACGACCUUCAGGACAUGUUUUCUGGUCCAGUUUCCUGCCCCCCCAGACCCGCCACUGCCCCAGCGAUGUUCCUCAGGCCACGGCAGCAGCACUUGGGCGCCGUGCUCUGGCCACUAGGGGGCGCCAGCGUCACUCGGCGCCUGCAGGGACCCAGGAGCAGGGAGGGCAGGGUCCCGGGUCAGGGCCGCGCGAUUUCAGGAAGCCGUGUGGCAUUCCGUGGGCCCGGUGGAGACAGGGAAGCGUCAGCAAGGCUGCAGGAGCAGCGUGGGGGUCACCGCGCAGGAUCCUGGCCGCCCUCGGCGUGCGGAAAGCACUGGGCGGGGUGGGGCUCCUCUGGGACCCAGGCAGCGGUGGGGCAGCUCCGCGGGGGCCCCGCCCUCCCGCUGCAGGACCGGCGAGGCAGCCGUGUGACAGGGCGGGCAUCCUGGGCUGGCGCCCGGUGCUGUUUGUUUACUGAACAAAGAUAGUUGCUAGGGGACCGCUGCGUCCUCAGAACAGCUCGGGGCCCUGCUUUGCAGGGGAAGUGAGAAGGCAGACCGGGUUCUUUUUAUUAUUUACUUGAACCUAAGACGCUCCUGAGAUAAAAUUACAUCGCAAGUGAAAGCUGGCAGCCUGAGGGCGCGCCACCCCGCCUGCAGCACCUUCUCUUCUGGGGGCUCAGUGACGGCCACUGAGCGUGUGAACGACAGCGGGAAUGGCCGGGUCGUCUCUGGCAAACCAGACGCGGGCAGGCAGGUGGGCCCACGCGUGUACCUGUGGCAGACGCGUGACGUCUGAGGGGCCGUGGCAGCUUGGCCCACCGCGUCUGGGUCUCGGGAUCCCCCGGGCACCUGCAGGUUUAGGGGCUCCGCAGGGCUGCCUGUCAGGCUUGGGUUGGGCCCCCGGGCACCUCCACACUGAGGCUGAGGGUCUGAGCGUGGGCUGCCGUCCCCCCGCUCUCCCUGGCGGCGGUCUCGUGUGGAGCCGAGUGUGGACGUGCAGACAGAACCCAUGGGCCACACUGGGCUCCAGCCUCCCAGCUGCCCUCCUGGCCCCCGCCCCCCGGCGUCUGAUGGGGACAGUCCUACUCUAGCUCCGCAGAGCAGGGCCGCACCUGGGCCGCAGUGCGACUUCCUGCCACAUCUCCUGUCCCGGGCCGUGCCCCCGCCUGUGUCCUGCGCUCAGGACACGCUCCCGUCGCCUCAGCAGCCACACACACAGUGCUGCGUCAGCUGUGCCUCAGGCCUCGGGAAGCGGGCGUAGGGGCACCAGCGAGCCCGGACCAUGCUGGCAUCUCCAGACGGGACCGUGCAGGCUGGCCGCUGACCACCUGCCCACUGCCCCCACACCCUGCACAGGAGCGUGGCUCAGUCUGCUGGACGGCAGGGGCAGGGAGGUCCAGGCCACAGGAAGGGCGUCCCUGUGUGGCACUGAGGGAUCCGGUCAGUCCCGUUCCCUGUGUAGGUCCCCCGGCCUGGCUGGUCCUCGGCGCUCUCGCCCUCACUGUGGUCUCUGCGCCCCCGGCUGGGCCGGGCCUCUGUUGCCCCACGCCUGGCACCCAGGGCCCUGGGUGUGCACUGGAGGCUGGAGGACAAGGGAGACCAAGCAGCUUUGGCCAGACCAGCCCCCCACCGAGGCUCGCCGUGCAGCGGGGGUGCUUGGUCCAGGCAGGAGCGCGCCUGUGAGCACACGCCGCAGAGCCCCAGGGCGGCUCCACUGAGGCUGAGCAUUACAGGCAGGGCCAGCAGGCCGUGGACCCCGACGGCGGUGCAGCCUGGGAAGGACCCCAGAAGAGGGGCCUCCUUGCUCAGAGUCUGCACUGCCGGUGGGCCUCCGUACAGGCACCGUAGACCCUGUGCACAUGUGGCCUUGCCACGAGACCCUGUGGGUGGGCGGAGAGAGGCAUCUCCCCACCACGCCCAGGCCGCCCUCGCAGGAGCUGGACCUGUGAACCCGAACCCUCCCGGCUCAGAACCUUUCUGGGAAGCAGGGCAGGGCUGAUGGGGAGGCCAGGCCGACACUUCCUCCCCUCUGUUUGGUUUCCAUGGGGACAGUGUGUCAGUCCCUGAAGAGGAGGUGGAGAGGGUGGGAUGUGAGGAACUGAUUUUACCCUGCGAGCCCUGGAGGGCGUGGGCCUGGGGGUUCCUGGCUGGGGGAGAGAACGAGACAGAGACAGACAGACAGACGGCCCCGGCCCACUCACCACAAAGGCUCCCUGGGGGUAUUGGAGCCCUCCCUCCUUCUCCUGGUGGCGCACGUGCUCAGUGUGGCCUCCCUGCCCCAAGGAGCUCCACCACCCGGCUUCGGCCCCAGGCUUGGUGCCCGCAGACGCACACAGGCCUCUCCCGCCGUCCCAGUGAAGCUCUGCUGGGGUUGCGGGGCCACGGCCUCCAGCGGGCCCUGCUCUGUCCCUCAAGGACAAAGGACUCGGGUGGGUUAUGCUGGGCACGCCGGUGCCAGAGGGGCCGCUCCCGUUCCCGGCCAGGCACAGGCUCCCGUGGCUGCCUGGGGCCUGGACACCUGGCCGCCCGGAGCAGAGGCCCCUCACGCGUGCCGCGCAGGCCGAGCUGUCCCUUGACUCACCCCAGGUGACCGGCGGGAUUUGCCUCUUCCACCUCUUGGUCCACCUGAUUGUUCUUUCCAUCGAUCCGGCCGACGCCAACGUCCGCCUCAAGAAGAACUACUCACGGACGGUGCCGACCUUCGACCGGUCCAAACACGCACAUGUCAUCCAGAGGCAGUAUUGUUACCUGUGCGAGGUCGCCGUGACUGUGAAAGCCAAGCAUUGUAGCACCUGCAACAAGUGUGUCUCAGGCUUCGACCAUCACUGCAAGUGGCUUAACAACUGCGUGGGGAGCAGGAAUUACUGGUACUUCUUCGCCUCCGUGGCCUCAGCUGCGGCCGGACUGCUGUGCAUGGUCGCCACGCUGCUGUACAUCUUCACCCAGUACUUCAUCAACCCCGCCGGGCUGCGCACCGACCCACACUACAGGAGUAUCUCCGACCAGAACACGUGGCUCCUGCUCCUUCCGCUUUUCCCCGUGAGGACGAGCACGCCGGUCUUCCUGGGCAUCGGGGCGCUGACGCUGCUGCUUGAGCUCGUCAGCCUGCUGCUGCUCGGUCACCUGCUCCUUUUACACCUCUACUUGAGUGCGUUCCCCCCGUGUUGGCCAGCCUCUGCCCUGUGUUCACGUGGGUCCCCGGGCAGGCAGCCUCCGCCAGAAACAAGCUCAGAGCACAAAGGACAAGGGACAGGAAGAGAAGAAACACCCCACGAGGGGCAGAGGGCUGAGUCCUAUUCCAAGGCCUGCAGAAAAGAUAAAGGAGGUUCAAAAAGUGGUCAGUUAAGGUGUUCAGAGAUAGAAAGGAAUAGAAUCUAUGAGGCAGGAACAGGACACUGUGGGAAAGAACAGGGAGAUUUAGAAAAGCAAAAACCAGAAAUCCUAACGAUGAAGAGCAUCGAACUCGGCGAUGGGGUCUCCACUCACCAAACUCGCUUGAGGGAGAACCGGUGGUUUUCUCGUGUCCACACGGCAGCUGCCCGGGGCAGGCUCCAUCUGCCUUUGAAAUGAGGGGAGGAGGCCUGUCCUGCACCCUGUGAAGCCUUUGUUUGGAAGUCACAAGCAUCACCAGCCUCUGCGGCCCCGAAGGGAAGGCGAGGGGCAAGCCCCAGAGGGCUCCCCCAGCUCCUGCGUGCACGGCGGGGCCCGCAGGGCCCUGGGCUCGGAGCCGGGGUGCGUGUCGGGGGCCGCUGCGUCUGUCCAGGCGGAGCGCGCCCAAGCGCUGCUCUGUGCGCUUCUGCAGCUGUUGGGGAUGCGGUGAGUCCGCAGGAGUGAGGAGGGGCCUGGAGAAGUCAAGCCCACAGGACUUGGUGGCCGGCUAGACAUGUAAGGACAGGAGUGUCCAGGGGCUAGUGAUGCCACCGUCACCGAGGAUGAGGACACACAGGAGGCCUGUACAGGGGGAGACAUGCUGGACUCAGGACCGAGUGGGUUUAUUUUAGGGUCUUUGAACCUCCAAGAAUGGAUUUCCAGGAAAACGUUGGGAUUUAGCUAUUGUUAGUUACAGUAAAAGUACCCCAGAACGUAUCUACUUAACACUCUUGCGACCUCUCAGUUUCUGCGGGGUCAGACUCAGCGCAGUGGCGAGUCAGCAUUCAGUCCAGGCUCAGCGCAGUGGCGAGCGCUCAGCAUGCGAUCGAGUGAAACCCUCAGGCUGGAGGCUCAAGGGAGAGCCGGGCGCCGCAAGUGGGAGAGAAAGCGCCGUGGAAGGUGCUGAGGAAGAGGAUCCUCCGGCUGCCCGAGCCGGCGGGUGGGCACUGCAAGGCGGUGGACACAGGUGGACCUUCCCCAGUGCGCUGGGCUCCGGCCGCCGCUCCCAGGCCGCGGGGUGCGUGGGGCUCUGCGUCCGUGUCCCCUCCUCCGCUUCAUCACUGCGGUCCGAUCACCACACCUCACGCCAAGUGCAGUCAGAAGAGGGAGGGCGCCGGAGGCAUGCAGGGCAUCUCACAGUCUGGAUUUGGUGGUGGUUGUGCAAACCCACACAGAAGAAUGAAUAUUUUCAUGAGAAUACAAACAGGGUCAAGUUUACAUCCUCAAAGCGUGACACCGGCUCUGAGGGAACGUGUGCAGUUAAUCAAGAAAGAUAAGGCAAACGAAGCAGAAGCCCUCGUAGGAGCCCCCAGGGAGGGGGCGGGGAAGGCGUCCUGAGCCUCGGGCCCCCGCGGGGCAGCA